GGCACCACAGCCUCCGGGAGGGGUCCGGGAAGGAGAGGUCACCCCCGAGGAGGGAGGGCCAGCGAGCGGCCACCGCCGCACAGUUCCCUGGCCCUGCCCCUCGAAGCAAAUCCUAGGUUUGCAUGGCCUUGCCAGAGUCCCCUCAUUUCUACCCUCUUGCAUUCUUUUCCAGCAGCUCCAUACUGAGCUCCAGGAGUCCUCCCUACAGACCUCCAAUCCCAGAGGACCUCCUGUGUCCUGUUCAGGGCCCAGGAUUGGGAAGGGGCUGUCAGUAGAGGAAGGGGAGACACGCGGUGGGGGCAUGGCAGGGGAAGUCUGAGCCUUAGAGAGAGGCUGAGGGUGAGAGCAGGGGACACCUCUCCCUGGGACUCUGAUCCAGGGACAUCUCUGGGCUUUCAAUGCCCCUCCGACGAGACACAGGUUCAUAUUCUAACAGACCAGAUACACUGGCUGACCUGGAGCCACACAUUCAGCCAGGGGAGGAAACUGGCAAGAGAUGGCAGCAACUGUCACUGGGCAGUCCAGAAAUCUCUACUAACUGGAGCAACAUCUCCUCCCCUCCACCACAGAUCUGCACUCCUGUCCCAUUCACACUGGUGUACACCACCCCUACACUACCUGCUACUGAUUCCUGACACUUCACAUUCCUGCCCACAAUCCCACCUGCUGGUUCACACCCUGGCUCCUGCUGCUCUCUGGCCCCUCCCAAACCCUCCUGCACCCUCUUGAUAACAACACCUUUUCCAGCUCACCCACACACUUGCCCUGGACUAUUUACUUCACUUCUUCCCCCUCUGGUUUCAGCUGGCUUCUCAGCCCCCCCCACACACACACUUCACUCUGACUCUCCCUGAGUACACCCAGGGCCCUCUUGUGGCAGUCAGGUACCCUCUCCCUCCAACCAAAGCCCAGUUCCUGACUUGGUGCCUUACUUCAAAAGGCAGCAGCCUGCCCGCCCUAUUUCUUUCCCUGGACCUUGGCUUUUUCUGUCAUUUGGACUGGAAGAGAAGGACACGAGGGGAUGUUGGAGAGGACAGCAGAGAUGGAGCCCCAUGUUCCAGCCGGGAGGACCUUUAGCAUGCACAGUGCCACAUCCUUGUGCAAGCCUAUGGUCACCAGAUGGGUUCAUGGCAAAGCUAGGUCUCCUGAGUUCCAGACCCCUGUGUCCUCACUCACCCUGCCACUUCCCAGCAGCCCAGGAGAAAGGGAACCAGGGAGAGGGCAGCCAGCUCAGAAGACGGAGAAAGCUAGGUUUCUGUGGGCUUUGCCCUGUGCAGGCAGGUCAGGAGGCAGCCUCCAGGGCAGUCUCCUAGUCCUGUGCAUGGAUCUCACGCCACUGUGUACACACUACCUCCUAGGCUACUCUACCCCUUCCCCCGCCCCCAUUUCCCAAAACAGACCCCCCCCCCAAGGUCACUCAGGGCCUUUCCUCAUGUAGAGUUCUGGAACUCUCCAAAGCUCCAAAGCCUCCCAACAUCAACGUUUAGAGCUUACAGCUCUUAUUCACCAGUUCCUGGUGCAGUCUCCACCCAACCACCCUGGACAUCCCUGCCACUAAAUACUGUUAGCCUGGGGCAUAGGCCAGGGAGCGAGGGACAGCUGGCUAAAGACAAGUACACUGCGGUGUGCCUGUGCAGUGUGUCGGGAUGGCCCUGCGCUUGCGUGGGCUGACAGUGUGUGUGUUCAUGAGGGGGGCCUCGUUCCCAGGGCCCAGGGAUCUGGAUGGAAUUAGGGGCUGGCCCCGGAGGGGGCCAGGAUGGGGGGGCUGCAGCAGGAAACGUGAGCUGCACUCAUUAGCUCCUCACGUGCUCAGCCGGAUUUAUAAACACAAGGAGAAGACGGGAUGUAAACAAUCAGUGGGCAGCAGCCAGAGGCAGAGCAGAGGCCGGCAGUGGGGGUAGGACUGGGGGAGGGGGCCAAGAUAUGGCCCCAUGGUGGGGUUCACCUGUACACUCUGAGCCAGAGAGGAGGGUAGGUGGGGGCUCCUGAGACUCAUUGGAUGCUGCCACCCAGGAACACAGGGGAGCUGGAGCUGCUCUGAGCUCCAGUAUUCACAACGAACUCAGGUAUUCUCUGCGUCAGGCAACUUUCUGCUUUGCUGCCUGAGAUAUGGGCACAUCUUGCCCAGUGUGCAAGGUGUCACAGUAGGAGGCAGAACCCUGAACUUCACCUGCCUUUCUCCUCUCCAGGCCUCCUGAUUCCUGAGACUCCUUCCUUCUUUUCUACUUCUCUCUGGCCUGGUCAGUCAGCUCCUUCUGUUCUCCCCUGUCCCCCCCAGCCCCCAGCCUGCAGUGACAGAGUUACCUCAGAACUGAAAUAUUCCUGGAAACACCGGCCCUGUCUGUUUAAUUUCAUGAGCCGUUUUUCUGCCCAGAUGACUUAGCUCUUGUUUAUCCAAAGGCUUUUCCCCCUGCUGUCCUUGUAUAGGGAGCUGGUCCCCCCAGGGAUGUCCCCCAAGGCCCAAGAAGGGAGGAAGAAACAGGCCCAGGGCUUCUGACCACACUUCUCUGCCACCGGGACAGCCCAGUCCCAGAACUCUGGCCGUUGAGGCAAUUCCUGCAUCAGUGGAACUUUGGCAUUGCCACUAACUUCAAGCAAGGCCAGAUUCGUCAUCCUGAAAGCUAUCUCAAGACGGAAGGGCCACUGUCCCUCUCAGCAGGUCUUCAAUCUCCAAAAUCUCCAAAACUAACCCAUAGGGUUCUGGAAGGGACUCAGCCAGAGAUCUGGGCUGAGGACUGCUCAGGGAUUUGUGCAGAGAAGGGCCUGGAGUCUUCUUGAGAUAUGAAGAUGAAAGACUAGGAAGGAAUCAGGCCAGACAAGAGCUAAAUGGAAAGAAGGACUGAGGAAGGUGCAUUCAAGCUACAGGUAGGAGAGGAAAGUGGAGUUGGUGCCCUACCCUGCUCUCUGUCCUAAAAUACAGUGGGCACAUGCACAGGUACCCUCACACCAGGAGUCCUUCACUCAAAAGAGCAGUCCCUGUGGAUAGGAGGCACCCCUACUCCGAGGACCCAUCAGUAAAGCCAGCCAUUCAAGCAUAUGAUAGAGUCCAUACUGACUGACUGGGCCACUGCAAAGUCCCCACCUGUCCCCCGUACUCUCUGAGACACUUUAUAACAUCCUUGAUAGUAACCCCCUCUAAGGGCUAAAAGACCCAGUUAUUAUGACUAACUAAUGUCUAAACCUAAUCUAGUCUUCAUUCUUUCCUAACUCCAAACCCUAUCCUGACUGCAGUCAAAUUGUUAAACCUAUCCAACUUAUUUCUAUCAAAGAAACAUAUCAUUAUAGAAAAAAUUGGAAGUAUAAAAUAUAAACUAGAGAAAAGAAACAACUUGACCUCAUACCUAUCCAAGCUUAAAACCCAAACGAGACCUACCCUUUGUGACAUGCCAAGUGUUGCCCCAUCCGACAUCUAAAUCAACAAAUUCAUAAACCUUAGCCCCAGCUAACCGUCUGCCUGCCCAAACCUAACCACAUCCCACUGCUGGACUCAAACCUCAACCACACUCAAUCAACCAAAUCCCAAGUCUAAACUAAUCUGAAGCAUUAAAAGUAACCUAGUCUUGGGGCUGGGGAUGUGGCUCAAGCGGUAGCGCGCUCGCCUGGCAUGUGUGCGGCCCGGGUUCGAUCCUUAGCACCACAUACCAACAAAGAUGUUGUGUCUGCUGAGAACUAAAAAAAAAAUAAAUAUUAAAAUUCUCUCUCACUCUCUCUCUCUCUUUAAAAAAAUAAAUAAAUAAAUAAAAGUAACCUAGUCUUUAAACCUACUCCAGCCCAAACCGAUUAUAUCCCCCCCCCCCCCCGCAUCCUAGCUCAGAUGCACACUGAGUUCUGAGCUUGGACCUCACCUAAGAGCCUGGAAAAUCAAGUUUUCCCCAAAGCCACCAGCCCUCUUCACAGUACAGACCCCAGGCCUCUGGACUGGCAUUCUAAACUUCUAGCAUCUUUAGCUGACAACCCCACUCAUCAAAUACAUACCUCUCCCCUUUGUGUUCCACCUCCAACACCCUAGACAAGAAUGGGCAGACCCCAACACUGCCACUUGUCCUAAAGGGGAUGGAUGCUAAAUCUCCCUCAAUUUCACUUCAUCCUAGCACCCACCACCCAGGAACCAUAUCCUAAUACACCCACCACUGACUGCAUUAAGUCAGCCUUGUGUCCUUCAGCCUGACCAUGGUGGUGUCACCCUACCUCUACCUACUCACUCUUCUAGCAGGCCUGGCUGACGAUGGCUUGCAGUGCUGACAUGUGCCAUUUGCCACUCCUCAGUUCCCUUCAAGCUGCAAGGGGACCAGGGGACUUGGAGAGGAGGAUAAGGUUCAACUGCAACCCUAGCACACUGGCCUGGAGUCCCUAAGCUUGGCCCAGUCCACGACGCACAUACACACACGUUGGCAUGCACACGGUCACACACUGCCUAAGACUUCCUCGGCUGAUACAGAUAUACUCUCAAGUAUCUACUGAUAGAUGUACGAAUGCCAUGUACUUGUCCUCACAUACACGUCCCUUGCCCAUCCUUCAUCCCAUCUGGUGUCUCACCUUCACCCCUGCUCCCAGCCUAGGGUGGGGAUAGAGACCUGAGGGACUGCCAGCUGCCUCCACACUUGGGCUUGGCCCACCCUCAUGCUUCUUGCCCAUCCUGUCCACAGGGGACUCGUGGGGGAUGUUAGCUUGCCUGUGCACGGUGCUCUGGCACCUCCCUGCAGUGCCAGCUCUCAAUCGCACAGGAGACCCAGGGCCCGGCCCCUCCAUCCAGAAAACUUAUGACCUCACCCGCUAUCUGGAGCACCAACUCCGCAGCUUGGCUGGGACCUACCUGAACUACCUGGGGCCCCCCUUCAACGAGCCUGACUUCAACCCACCUCGGCUGGGGGCAGAGACUCUGCCUAGGGCCACUGUCAACUUGGAAGUGUGGCGAAGCCUCAAUGACAAAUUGCGGUUGACCCAGAACUACGAGGCCUACAGCCACCUCCUGUGUUACUUGCGUGGCCUGAACCGUCAGGCUGCCACAGCAGAGCUGCGCCGCAGCCUGGCCCACUUCUGUACCAGCCUCCAGGGCCUGCUGGGCAGCAUCGCAGGCGUCAUGGCCUCUCUGGGCUACCCACUGCCCCAGCCUCUGCCGGGGACUGAGCCCACCUGGGCCCCUGGCCCUGCCCACAGCGACUUCCUCCAGAAGAUGGACGACUUCUGGCUGCUGAAGGAGCUGCAGACCUGGCUGUGGCGCUCAGCCAAGGACUUCAACCGGCUUAAGAAGAAGAUGCAGCCUCCGGCAGCUGCAGUCACCCUGCACCUGGAGGCCCAUGGCUUCUGAUCUCUGACCCUUAUCACCUCCUCUUUUCCCCUCUGCCCCUUCAAGCUCUGCUCCCACUCUGGGUAAGAGAAACCUGUAUGCCAACACUUGUUGAGCCAGGAGACAGAUGGUGGGAUCUCUGGUCCUCCAGGCCUUGAGUGGGGGUGUGGUACGUCCUGUCCCCUGCCCAGCUCCGCGAGUCCUAUGGGUCUGGAGAAGAAAUGUGUCAGGGGCCAUCCUGUUUCCAUGGAGGUUAUGUUCAAGGGAGCUGAAUGGCUCAAGUGAGGGCAAAGGCUCUCACCACCUAUUGCUUGCUGCCAUCACCUGCCAGUGCCCUCCAGCCCCUCAUUUGAAGGCAGGAGUAGGGGCCACUGUAACAUGUGCCUUUCUGGAGUGAAGCCUCUUGGCUGGUGUCGCUCUCCCACCCCAUAACUCCACAUUCAGUUCAGGAAACAGAAAGGUGACACGUCUAAACAAGAAGAGAUGGAAUGAAAAAUGGAAGGGGUGGGGUCUGCACUGGAGGUGGCCUAAAAACCAGAAGAGGUAAUACCGAAAGGGGGGUAGUCAUCCAGGUAAUCAGUGGCAUAGGGUGGCAAACGAAGCUGCGCUGAACGUCAGGACCUCGCCUCGAGUUUCCCUGCUGGCAUCACGUUGCCUCCUCUCUGCCCUUUCCCAGGGUGUCUGUGGUUGCCCAGGCUGGGAGGGCGGCCAUGGCCACAGCCACAGGGUUUCCUGAAAGUUUACAUUGCAGUAGCAUUGCAGGGAAUGGGGACAGCUCCCCAGGCCCUGCCCCCCAGCCCUACCCACUCAUGACUCUAAGUUUGUGGUAUUAAUAUUUAUUUAUUUGGAGAUGUUAUUUAUUAGAUUAUAUUUAUUGCAGAAUUUCUAUUCUUGUAUUAACAAAUAAAAUGCUUGCCCCAGAA